UGUUACAGUCUGUACAGGAAACCCUGCAUGCUAAGAAAGUGAAAUUGCUCAACAGAACCGCCUCAACAGACAAGCGUAGAUACGUAGAAUGCUGCUACAAAUCAAACAUGUGCUGCUCUGAUAUGCAUUCUAGCACAUGAAUACAUGAUCAUUUGGAUAGUUAAGAUAUGUAGUGCAAUGCUGCUAGAUGAGAACAAAGGAGCUUAAUGACCUUCAGUGGAUUGUGACCAAUUUGGAUGCUAUAAAUGAGCUACAACAAGGCGUGGACAUGGCAAAACAUACAUAACAACAUACUCAAAAAAUCAAUACGACCCGCCUUCUGUAAGGCUCUCAGCAACCUCAAAACAUCUUGCCCUCUUCCUCUCUGGCAAUUAGAGAGAGCAAGACGUCUCUCAUAGUUAUCGUGCUCAAGGCAUCAAGCUCAUUAAUACUGGAUACUUCAUCUAACGGAUGAGCAAUUGGUUUAACUUCUGCUGUGUGACUGAGAAGACAUCACUAUGAAUAAAUCUAGAGAGAGCAGCCCCAUAUUCUUCCUUGAGACGGAUGACCUGACAGAAGAGGAAAGGUCAAAGGCCAAACAGACGAAGAAAGGUGCCUCAAAAGACAAGAGGCCCAUGGAUUCUAAAUGCCUGGAUGAGACAGAGGAGCCUGCACACACAAUUAAAUUUAACCUACAUUUUGACAGGGGAAUCAGAAACGUUAAAGAGGAACCAGAUCAGCAAGACAGAGAGAAGUUUACCCUCAAGAGGCUGUUUGAUGCCGUGUCCAGUGGCGAUGUGUCCAAACUGCAGGGUUUACAUGAGUACCUGCGCAAAAACAUGAAACGGCUCACCGACUCUCAAUAUAAGUCCAAUGGAAAGACAGCCCUGAUUUAGUUCUGAAAACACUUUUAAAUUUGAAGGAAUAAAAGUAUUAAUUUCUUUAAGAAACAAAAAAAAAAAACAUCUGCUGGAAAUUUUGCAUGAUAGUAAAAAGAAUACACAGAAGAGUACUUAAAGUAAUUUAAAAAACAAUUUUGUCAAUGCUUCAGAUAAGUAAUGGAAGACAGUUACUACAAAGGUCAGACUGCACUCCAUGUUGCAAUUGAACAGAGGAGUGCAAAAUUUGUAGAGAUGUUGGUUAAGAAAGGGGCCGAUGUCCAUGCUAAGGCCUGUGGAAAAUUCUUUCAGCCCAAUCAAAAAACAUGCUUCUAUUUUGGUGAGCUGCCCUUGUCGCUGGCCGCUUGCACUAAUCAGCCAGACAUUGUUGACUUCCUUAUGGUCAACCCAUACCAGGCAGUGGAUGUCAAGAAGACGGACUCUCAUGGAAACACGGUGCUUCACGCACUAGUAUCCAUAGCUGAUAACAGUCCUCAAAACACAGAGUUCGUCACUGCCAUGUACGACCACAUUUUAAUCAAAUCUGACCAACUUCACCCCAAGAUCAAGCUGGAGGAAAUCGAAAAUAAAGAAAGACUCACCCCACUCAAACUAGCUGCCAAAACAGGAAAAGUGGAGCUGUUGAAGCACAUCGUGCAGCGGGAGUUUCCGGGGUGCCGCCACCUGUCACGGAAGAUCACGGAGUGGGCCUACGGUCCAGUGUGCUCGUCUCUGUAUGACCUCGCCUCUCUCGACACCUACGAGAAGAACUCUGCGCUGGAGAUAAUCGUUUACGGCAGUGAGAUUCCUAACCGCCUCAAGAUGCUCCAGAUUGAGCCAUUUAACAAACUAAUUGAAGAGAAGUGGGAGAGAUUUGUGAAACGGAUGUUCUUGUUCAACUUUAUUGUUUAUGUUAUCUACCUUUUCAUCCUCACUGCAGUAGCUUAUCACCGCGAAGCAGGAAAGGUCUUGAGCAACAGCAAAGGGACAUUAAAGCCUCCAUAUCCUUAUGGAAAAGAGAAAAAUGGCUACCUGCUUCUGACAGGACACAUAAUAACUAUCACUGGAGCACUUUACUUCUUUGUUAGAGGGUUAGUAGAUAUGUUAAGGAAGCGUCCAAGAUUUAAGUCCCUGAUCAUAGAUGGAUACACCGAUCAGCUUUUUUUUCUGCAGGCUGUGCUCUUCCUGGCGUGUGUUCUAUUGUACUGCUUUGGUCAGGAUCAAUAUCUGGCCUGUCUAGUUCUGUGUCUUGCCUUGAGCUGGGUAAAUCUACUCUACUUCUCCAGGGGGUCCAAACGCAUGGGAAUCUACAGUGUCAUGAUACAAAAUAUGGUUCUUGGAGAAAUUCGUCGAUUCCUUGUUGUGUACAUUGUCUUCCUCAUUGGGUUCUCUGCAGCUGUGGUAACUCUCCUUGAUGAAAAAGGUCCUGUUAAGGGACGAUCUUUCUUCGUUCCUAUUUCUGAAAAGGAAAACUGUACGAGGCCCUCAUUCAAGAACAUCUACUUCACUACUCUGGAGCUGUUCAAGUUUACGAUUGGCAUGGGAGAUCUGGAGUUCACAGAUCAGUAUCAAUAUAAAGAGGUCUUCUAUGUGCUGCUAAUUGUGUAUAUAGUGAUGACUUACAUUUUGAUGCUGAACAUGCUGAUCGCUCUGAUGAAUCAGAGAGUGGAGGAGAUGUCCGAAGAGAGCACCAACAUCUGGAAACUACAGCGUGCAAUCACCACCUUGGACAUGGAGUGGAUUCUUCCCCACUGUCUGAAGAGAAGGUUGCGCUCCGGGGAAGAGAAAGACCUAGGCGGGGAGCAGGAGCCUGAUCGACGCUGGUGCUUCAGUGUGGAGGAAGUCAACUGGAACCAGUGGAACAGAAACCUGGGUGCAGUUACUGAGGACCCUGGGAAAUGCAUGUCUAUACCUUCCCUAACUAAACAUCAGAGAGAGCCAAGCCAGCGUAGACUCCUGCAAACGUUCAGUAAACGUUGGACACAGAGACCACAACACAGAGAUGUACAGGAGUUGAGUCCUUUAGCUGAGGCCUCUAGCUCCAUCUGAUGCUUUGAUAAUCUGUAAUCUACUGUAAUCUGUUUUGCAAUUACCUUUCAGUCCAACUGGUGUAGGAAAACCUACAUUUUAUGACUGGCUAAAAUGGACUGUUUAAAAAAACAUAUGCACCUCAAGGGUCAUGCAUCAUAUCUUUUUAACUGUAUUAUUAUUAUUUUCUUAAAGGGGUCAUCGGAUGCUAAGUUCACUUUUUAUGAAUCUUUGCGAUCGUCUUUACUAAUAAUGUGCUAGUUAGCAAGUUUAGCGGCUAAACGCGGCUAAAUUAAACAGACUGGUCACUGCAUUUAAAGCAGCCUCGACCAGAAUGAGAUGAUUUUUGCAGAGCUGAUUUUGACAAGGUAAAAAGAAUGUUGUUUUACACUACCAUUGAGAAUUUUUAACCAAAGUAUAUUAUAGACUUUUCAUUAAGACCCUAAAGAAUCAUAUCAACUUGUGGAAAACGGGCAUCCGAUGACCCCUUUAAUAUACACGUUGUAAUUUAAGAAAGCAUUUACAUAAAAUAAUAUACAUAGCUAAUUUCAUACAUGUAUGUGUGUGUGUGUAAAUAUGAAAUGUAAUUAUUAAAUUAUUAUUCACACUGUGGCAUGAAAAAGAAGUGAAUAGAAUAAUUCUAGAUUGAGUGCUAGCUACAAUGAGGAAGUCAACUUUAUGUUUAUUUUGAUAUAUUUGAUUCUUUUUUUUUUACAUUUUGAGAUCACACAGGUGUUUUACGUUUUUGCAAACAGGAUGUUUUUGAAACACCAAUAUAUCACAAAAACAAAAUUAGUCUCAAAGUGUCAUUUUGAUGAGAGAGAGAUAUUUUUUGAAGAGAUUUUGAUUGAGAAAUUAACAGUAGUUAGUAAUUAUGCAUGCACUAAAACAUAAAUUAAUA